UUGAGGCGGAGAGUGAGCGGGAAUCCGGCAUGCAGCAGGAAGACGAUUCCUCAGGAUUUCGGAAGGAUACUGUUCACAAAUUGCUCCACCUGCACCUUAAAGAAGAUAAAGUGAGAGUCAGUGCGGAUGCAGUGCUUCUUAUGAUGGAGAUGCUGAACGUGUUUGUGCAAGAAGCAUCUGCGAGAGCUGCGCGGCAAGCAAAAGGAGAAGAGCUAGCAGUGGUUGACAUAGAACAUGUAGAGAAAAUCCUACCCCAGUUGCUGUUGGAUUUCUAGGUAUGGUGGUGGAUAUAGAAGCCAAUAACAAGCCACAGCAGACUGAACAUGAAUCAAGUUUUGGUCGUCCACCUUCCUCGAGAUGACUUUAUAGUGAUUAUUUUAUAUAUAAUUUUUUUUUUAUUUAUUUUUUUAAAUCUUGUCUGGAAGCCUGUAACUUUUUUUUUUGUGGACUUUUAAGAGAUGACUUCAAUAAAAAGUGUUAGAACAUGUUUGAUGGAGCAGACUCCUAACUUUUUAUAAAAAAGGGAGAGGAAGAAAAAAAUGAAAGCACUGUCAGCCAAGAGCUAAUACCUUGUCAUAAGUUUUCCCAGCUCCUCAUCACCAGCAUCGCCACCCUAGAACCAGCAAUAAACACGCCAUUAGGAUGUC